AUGUAUGCGCCCAAAAGCAAGCACGAAUGGGUGUUUUGCGGUAUUCUGGGCGUCCAGGCGCUAAUAAUCUUCGCCAUCGAGGCGUUCAUACUCGCUGAAUGGCAACUUUGGGUGCAUCCAAACAUCAUUCAGAUCACACCGUCAUAUAUUGUUCCUGUUGACUCGGCGAUCAUGUUCUUUGCUUGCAUCUAUGUCUUCUUUCUGGCGCUCGAUGCUGUCCACCAUAGGAAUAACAUGUUGUUGCUUGCAAUUUGCGUGAGCAAUGCAUGUGCUUUUGCAUUCUCGGUCAUGCUCUACAGGAACAUGAAGGAGAUCGUCAACGAGAUGCCCAGGCAACGCGAUGGCAUGAACCAGCCUCUUGUUGAUCAGGAUCGAAACAUCUGGUCUCUGAUCUCGGGUUUUCAACUUGCUUGUCCAAUCAUGAUCGGACUCUGCACUCUUGCUACUUGGGCUUCUUCGUUCCAGUUGCAAAAACAGUAUGCUUGGGAUAUCUACCGAAGUGUUCAGGGUGACUCGGAAACGAAAUCGCGAUACCUAAAUUACGAGAUUUAUCUUGUUCUGGUCAAAGUCGCAGUCUUUUUCAUAAUCAGCUUUGUUCUGCAGUACGGACUCGUCGACGUUCAUUUCGAAGAGCCUGAAUUCGGAUUGACAAUGGCUCUUUUGCCUGCCACGCUCCUCCUCAUGCUUCUUGGGGUGUAUGUUGUUCGGUGUGAACACAAAUGGCUGAUGGGAUUUGUCAUUAUGUGCUAUCUUGCGAUGGUCGCAUAUCUACUCAGUCGAAUCAUCAUCCUCUAUGGGAAUGGCUUCCGAGCUCUUACAGCUGGCAAAGAUAUGAUGUUGCUCUUCGCAAUAACAGCUUUGGUGCUUCUUGUUCUAACACUUGUCUGUUCCAUUCGUUGUUUUGUCAACUUUGGGCAUGGGUUGAAGCCCAUCAUCACUGGCAAGAACGAGGCCGUUCGAGACCGAUAUUCUUUCCAGAAUAUAGGAGGGCAUGCACCUUUCCCAGUUGAGCAUACAAAUCGAAGGCUGUCUCUUGUAUAG